AUGGCGAGCAGCAGCGGCGGCGGCGGCUCCAAGGCCGAGUUCAUCGUCGGAGGGGAGUACAAGGUGAUGCGCAAGAUCGGGUCUGGCUCCUUCGGGGACAUUUACCUGGCCACCCACAUCACUAACGGCGAGGAGGUGGCCGUGAAGCUGGAGUCGCAGAAGGCGCGGCACCCGCAGCUGCUGUACGAGAGCAAGCUCUACAAGAUCCUGCAGGGCGGCGUGGGCAUCCCGCACAUGCGCUGGUACGGGCAGGAGAAGGACUACAACGUGCUGGUCAUGGACCUCCUGGGGCCCAGCCUCGAGGUGCUCUUCAACUUCUGCUCGAGAAGGUUCACGAUGAAGACGGUGCUCAUGCUGGCCGACCAGAUGAUCAGCAGGAUCGAGUACGUGCACACGAAGAAUUUUAUACACAGAGACCUCAAGCCAGACAACUUCCUCAUGGGCAUCGGGCGUCACUGCAACAAGUUAUUCCUUAUUGAUUUUGGUUUGGCCAAAAAGUACCGAGACAACAGGACGAGGCAACACAUACCGUACCGGGAAGACAAGAACCUCACCGGCACGGCGCGCUACGCCAGCAUCAACGCGCAUCUCGGCAUCGAGCAGAGUCGCCGAGACGACAUGGAGUCGUUAGGGUAUGUUCUGAUGUAUUUUAACAGAACCAGUCUGCCGUGGCAAGGGCUAAAGGCUGCAACAAAGAAGCAGAAACACGAGAAGAUUAGCGAAAAGAAGAUGUCCACUCCCGUCGAGGUUUUAUGUAAGGGGUUUCCUGCGGAAUUUGCUAUGUACUUAAACUAUUGCCGUGGGCUGCGCUUUGAAGAAGCCCCCGAUUACUUGUACCUGAGGCAGCUCUUCCGCGUCCUUUUCCGGAGCCUGAACGACCAGUAUGACUACACCUUUGACUGGACCGUGUUAAAGCAGAAAGCCGCCCAGCAGGCAGCCUCUUCCGGUGGGCAGGCUCAGCAGGCCCAAGCCCCCACGGGCAAGCAAGCUGACAAAGCCAAGAGUAACAUGAAGGGAACAAAGGAAGUCGUGGCUCAUUUAAACUGACGUGAUGAUGAAGAUGUGUUCUCAACUUGCGGAAGCCCAGAGAUGCCGCACAGCCUGGAAGGUUAAAAGCCAAGAACCAAAGCACACUGAGGGAGAGAAUGACGGUUAGUCGAAGGUUGAAUGUUGGAAAAUUAUCGAAUUCUCCUGUGGAGUUUGCUCUUGCUUCACGUACAUUACGGGAGAAUUCAUCGUGGGCGAAGUGACCCCUGGCUGGAAUAUAUUAUCAUUUGCCCAACUGAAGAGCUAAAUCUGGAUUUGACUGCUGCAUUCUACCAGGAAUAUUGUUAGGCUGACCUUUAACCACUCA